AUGUGCAAUUAUUCAGUAAUUAAGUAUUGUUCUGUGUAUGAAUCGAACACAAGAGUUACUUUGACCGAGGAGUCGGGAAGAUGCGUUGUCUUCGAGAAGAACGAGUGCGCAGUAAGAACGUUCGAAUCGCACACGGACGACUCGGACUCGAAGUUCCUGUUCAACUGCUACGGAGUGCUGGGAUCGAUCAGUUUCCUGGAGAGAAGGUACCUAGUGCUGAUAACGGAGGCUUCGAAGUGCGGAAGGCUCCUGCUGGAGCACGACGUGUACUCAAUAACGUCGCAGAAGCUGAUACCGCUGUUUCACCCAGUGAGCCUGAGCGCGGAGGAGAGGGAUUUUGUGCGCGUGUUUAACGAAUUUGACAUUUCGAACAACUUCUACUUCAGCUACACGUAUAACCUGGCAAACACACUGCAGUUGAACCUGAGUUACAAGUCGCAGCUGCUGGAGAGCGGGGAUAAAAACGGCUCAGAGUGGAUGAUCUUUGACCCAGCACUGAUGAACCAGAAGUACUGCUACAACUACUCGCACAAGCUGGACCUGUGCGGAGUAAGCGAGGAGUGCUUUAACCUGUCAUUGUCGGUGAUCCACGGCUACUUCUCGGAGUCGGCGUUGAACGUGAGCGGAAGGAGCAUGACUUUCAGCCUCGUGUCAAGAAGGUCACGCUUCUUCUCAGGCACAAGGUACAGGAAGCGAGGGAUAACGGGGAGCGGAUACGUGGCGAACGACGUGGAGACGGAGCAGAUACUGCACGACUGGGGAGUGACGAGCUCAGCGUCGUCGUUUGUGCUCAUGAGAGGCUCUAUACCAAUAUUCUGGUCUCAGGACCCGAACGACUCGUUCCUAAUAAAGCCGCCGAUCAUAUACCCGCACAACGACCCGACGAACUCGAGCGCGAGAGCGCACUUUAAGCAGAUACUGAGCCGCUACGGGGCGCCAGUGGUGGCCCUGAACCUGCUCUCAGACAACCCGUACACCGAGGAGGGAAACCUGUCGGAGCGCUACAAGAACGUGGUGGAAGAGCUGAACAGUGAGCUGCCGACGUUUCUGAAGAUCAUGUACUUCUCAAAAAACAUAAAGUCGCUGCUGGAAAAGGGCGUGGCAAAGCAGGUGCUGAAGGAGGUGGUGGACGUGGUGCUCGAAAGGAUUAAACUGUUGUACAUACCGCAUACCAACACAAGUACCGACACCAACAGCAGUACCGACACCAACAGCAGUACCAACACCAACAGCAGUACCAACACAUCCAAUAAAAAUUUAAUACUACAAACGGGAGUGAUAAGAGUAAGCUGUUUGGACUGCCUAGACAGGACGAGUUCGUUCUCAAAGCACCUAUCGCUGAGGAUAUUUAAGCACCAAUUGGAACUGAUAGGAAUCAACGUUAACUAUGAACAUUCGACGUGUUUAAUAGCUAACUACACGCCCAAACAGGUCGCGUUCCACACAGGUAGAGAGCAAGGCACUGGAAGCGAAGUCAGCUUCGACGACACAGUGAGCAGAAGCGGCUCAGAAGGAAACGCAAGCUCACUGAGAGAAGAGACGAUAAUAGCAAGUGACUACUUCGGGUUCAACCAAGUGAAGGGGGCUCUGUUCGAGCUUAUAAAGAGCAGGUACGAGCAGAUGUGCGACGAGCUGUCGAUGCAGUACGCAGGAAGCAAGGCACUUAGGAAGUACGAAGGAAGAAGCAGAGUGAUCAGCAUGUCCAGAGAGCUGUUUACGACGGUGAGGAGAAGGUACCGGAGCUUCUUCGAGGACACAAAGAUACAGGAGCAGACCAACUUCUUUUUGUACUCGAACGCGCUCUCGCACUACUCGCAAAUCGGGGUGAACGUCCUCAAGAACGACCUCGACGACCUGAUUCACUUUUCGCGAAUACCAAUAGAGUUCAACAACACGGACGCACUCAUUUUGGCGCUGAUAGUGUACAAGUCGCGAGUGAUGAGUCUGAAGAAGAGUCUGAUGGGAUCAGACGCAUCGGGGUCACCAGGUACACCUGAUGGCUUGGAGCAGUUGUUUGCAAAGGACGCUCUUGAGGUUACUGACGACGCUGAGUGUGGAAUUUCCAGUUUUAACACUCCGCAGUGCGACUUCAAGUACCCAGUCUACAGCGACUACUUCAGCCUUGUCUUGGAUAAAAUGGCUGAAAUUAACAACGCCACCAGCUCAGCCACCCCUAUUGUCGCUGAUACUCACAGUGCUAACAAGGCCACCCUUAACAGCACUGCUCGUACCAGCCUUGACACUAACACUAACACCAACCUUGACACCAACACUAGCCGUGCCAAUGCGAUUGCUACAGACACUGACAACAACACCACUGACUAUACUCACAGCAACACCACUACUCAUCCUGAGUGCUGUAGCAUACUCGAUGCUGUAGAAGUUAAGAAGAAGGCGCUGGCGAUCAUACUCAAUAACCAUCUGACUAUGCAGGAUCAGCCUGAGUCCGAGUACACAGACCUGAGCCUAUACAAGCCUGCCGACAAGGUCAUUAACGUCGUCAACUCUGAGCCCAUACAAGAUUACAGCGGUGAACUCUCAAUGAGUCCAUCGAUAAUCACCAGCUGCAGUGUACACUCUGAAAGCACAGGGGCACCUGAUAACAACGCCAUAUCACCAAACGGACUAUCACUCAAGGAACACCGGCACGACUACGCCAUGUUCCUAAUGCCGACCUACACGUACAACAAGGACCAGUGGUCUCUUGAGCCCAGGUGCGACAUACUUUCACUGAAACAGUUUAUCGAAAUCACAUCGUAA